UUAUAAAUGCUAAGUACAGGAGUUACACCGCCUUCGUGUUAUCUACAGUUCUCUAUUGGACACGCAUGGAGGAGGGAGGCGUGAUACAGGAGAGAAGAAGGACUUUAUAUGAGGCUGUAUCUGGUUUCGGUGAAAGCCUGUAGAUUUCCUGUAUAGGCCCGAGCUGCAGAGUAUUCAACAAACAAGGUGGUGAAUAUAUGUCUGUAAAAUGUGUUUGUGCGCAGUAUAUUUUUUCAUGAAUAGUGAGGCAGUGUUGUUGGAUUUAAAUCAACUAUAUUUUUCCUUCUGAAGUGGAGGACGUGAAGACCUGUAAAGGUAAAAUGUCCAGAGUAAAGAGUAAGUCACACCAUGCUAGAAUUCAUUCUGAGCUGGUCGUACACAUUUCCUUGACAAAAAAUACUAAACCAAAUGACUUUAAACUUACCACCGCUGAUGACAGCGAGAGGGUUGGUCGUGGUCAUGAUGUCACCCUCCACUGUCACCUCUCCCCCAAAACCAGUGCAGUUGUCAUGACGAUCCGGUGGUUUAAGGGGGCAGAGUGCAUUUACCUGUAUAACAAUGGCCAGGUGACAGAGAGCGUUGGCUACGAGGGCAGAGUCAGUCUGAUGACGCCUGAGCUGGAGGGAGGCGACGUGUCCCUGAGGCUGAGAGACUUCAGGAGGUCAGACGUAGGGCGGUACAGAUGUCAGGUCGUCCACGGAGAACAGAAGGAGGAGGCUGCAGUGGGUUUAGAGGUUGCUAGUGGAUCACGAUUGGACUUUGCUAGGUUAUAUGGAGCGGCUUUGGGACAGGUCUCUGAAGUGGCCCAGCCAGAACCCGGACUUAAACCCGAUUCAACAUCUCUGCAGGGACCUGAAAAUAGCUGUGCCACGACGCUCCCCAUCCAACCUGACAGAGCUUGAGAGGAUCUGCAGAGAAGAAGAGGAGAAAGUCCCCAAAUACAGGUGUGCCAAGCUUGUAGCAUCAUACCCAAGAAGACUUGAGGCUGUAAUGGCUCCCAAAGGUGCUUCAACAAAGUACUGCGUAAAGGGUCUGAAUACUUAUGUAAAUGUGAUACUUCAGUUUUUUAUUUACAUUUUUAAUACAUUUGCUAAAAAUUCAAAUAACCUGUUUUUGCUUUGUCGUUAUGGGGUAUUGUGUGUAGAUUAAAUACAUUUUAGAAUAAGGCUGUAAUGUAACAGCAUUUUGAAAAAGUCAAGGGGUCUGAGUACUUUCUGAAUGGACUGUAAACCCAGCGAGUCAGAGAGGAGGAGAGACUACUGGAGGACACUACCAGAGAGGUGGAGAAGAGGAAGAGAGACUACUGGAGGACACUACCAGAGAGGUGGAGAAGAGGAAGAGAGACUACUGGAGGACACUACCAGAGAGGUGGAGAAGAGGAAGAGAGACUACUGGAGGACACUACCAGAGAGGUGGAGAAGAGGAAGAGAGACUACUGGAGGACACUACCAGAGAGGUGGAGAAGAGGAAGAGAGACUACUGGAGGACACUGCCAGAGAGGUGGAGAAGAGGAAGAGAGACUACUGGAGAACACUACCAGAGAGGUGGAGAAGAGGAAGAGAGACUACUGGAGGACACUGCCAGAGAGGUGGAGAAGAGGAAGAGAGACUACUGGAGGACACUACCAGAGAGGUGGAGAAGAGGAAGAGAGACUACUGGAGGACACUACCAGAGAGGUGGAGAAGAGGAAGAGAGACUACUGGAGGACACUACCAGAGAGGUGGAGAAGAGGAAGAGACAAGUGGAUGCACUGGGAAUGGACCUGCAGGACUCGAACAGCCAAGUAGAGAACUUCAGAGUCCAACUGCAGCGUCAUUCCCCCCUAAAACAAAAAAGGCACAAGAAAGAGGAUUUCUGACAACCACCAUCUCAGAUUGUUCUAAAAAUCCUUUCUGUAGUUAGAAACAGAUGAGAUGAGCAUUUCUGAAAAAUCAUUUUGUUGAAACAUAUUUUGAUCUCUGACCCCCAAUUGGCCAUUUUUAUUUAAAGUGUUCAUAUAACCUUCAAUAAAUAUUGUACCUCA